AUGUCCGACGAUGAGGACUAUUACGAAUGGGAGGAAGAAUACCUCUUCGAAGAUCUUGUUCCCGACCUUGUUGAUGAACUCGCCGCGAAUGGAUACUACGAAGCUGGACUUUACGAAGACCCAGCCAUUGAAGUAGAGGAUUACUACAGUGACUGGGACUACUAUUCGGACGACUACUACGACGACGACCCUAGUGUGAAGCCGAGAACCGUUCGCGCAAGAGCAAAGGGCACGAAGACCCGGGGAAACCCAGAGAAGAACCGCGGCGUGCUACCGCAGUCAACAUGCGAGCCAGAUGUUACAUCCUUCCAAGGCGUGAUUUGGAAGACACCCAGCCACGAGAGAGACCAGGACGUCUCUGUGCAGAUCUACGAGCCAGGAAACGGAGCCAAAGUAGCAUUGCUGGAAAACUGGCGUGAGAUAUUCAAGUCGGUCCAACCCUCACUGGACAAGUCUCGUCUGCGGAAGAAACCUACGCGCGAGUCGGUUCCCUCUGUCGAAGACGAAAUCCUCUGUGACGAUGAGCAGUCACUUGACAGCUCAGAUGAGAUGUCUGAUGUUGUAUCUGUGGACCACACAACUGCCAGUGGAGAUAUAUCCAACACAACACCGGAGGCGGCACAGUCGCCGGAGCCGGAGCCGAAGCUAACGCUGAAUUCGAUCGUGACUACGCCGGUGAAACGGGGCCGAAAGCGCAAGGCCGACAUCCCUGUGACGGAGUUGGAUAAGGAGAAUUCGGGCGGCACAGCGCGAGCGCGGCCUAAACGAGUUGCUCAGGAAAAUAAGAGUGGCGGUACCUCAAGUGCUUCUACUGGCCCAGUGCGCAGGUCCACCAGACAGAAAAAGUAG